AUGUUGAGCUUCUGUGUUGCGAAUCCACGCCGCACAUACGCAGUGUCAGCGUGGAUCGGCGAACCUGAUCUUCAGUCAGCAGCGGUCCUGCCCAACCGAAAUACGUUUGAUCGACAGGCACCACAACCGCACCAACGCAGCGGUCCAGACGAAUAUCCGCCGAACCACGCAACGACACAGCCCAUUGCCGAAACACACCAAAGCGGACGUUUUGACAGUUCAGGAUAG